GGGGUUGUUUAGAUUUUGGUGAAAACCCCACCAAGAAAAUCUAAAGUUUUUUUCCGAAUCGAUUUUGUUGUGGUGAUUUGUUGAUCUGAGCUGUGCAGUUGAGGGUGGUGUAAAUCUAUGAUACAAAAUCAGAUGUGAGUUGUUUCAAACUUUGUAUGUUUGUUUGAAUUUAGGAAUUAGGAAGUUAGGUUUUGCAGCUUCAAAGAGCGAAGAGAUCUUCUUGCGAUUGAUCGUUGUCAGUUUGAUCGUGAUUUCGCUUCUCAGUGAGUAUAAUAUUGGAAACGUUUGUAGUGUCUGUGAGCAUUUGUUGUUGUAAUUGGCUGUGCAUAUCUUAAGUUGCUUGGAGACGAGUUUAAUUGGACGAAGAAAAAGAAGAAGAAAAUGGUUGGGAGUACUGAUGGAGUGACCGAUAAGGUCUACUCAAAUGGGUUGCUUCACCAAUCAAGUGAUUCUGUUGAGCAGAAGCUUGAUGAUCUUCGGCGUUUAAUGGGCAAAGCAGAAGGUGAUCCACUUAGGAUAGUUGGUGUAGGUGCAGGUGCUUGGGGAAGUGUCUUUGUUGCUAUGUUGCAAGAUAGUUAUGGUCAUUUAAGAGAUAAGGUCCUAAUAAGAAUAUGGAGAAGACCAGGAAGAUCGGUUGAUAGAGCAACAGCAGAACAUUUAUUUGAAGUGAUCAAUUCAAGGGAGGAUGUGCUGAGGAGACUGAUUAGGCGGUGUGCGUAUUUAAAAUAUGUUGAGGCAAGAUUAGGUGAUCGGACGCUUUUUGCAGAUGAGUUACUCAAAGAUGGGUUUUGUGUGAAUAUGAUUGAUACCCCUCUUUGCCCUAUGAAGGUUGUCACAAAUUUGCAGGAGGCUGUUUGGGAUGCUGAUAUUGUGGUGAAUGGGCUGCCAUCAACAGAAACUCGUGUGGUCUUUGAAGAAAUUAGUAGGUACUGGAAAGAGAGAGUAACAAUGCCAGUCAUUAUCUCUCUUUCAAAAGGUGUUGAGGCUGAAUUGGAGCCUGAACCACGCAUAAUUACGCCCACUCAAAUUAUCAAUCGAGCAACUGGUGUUCCCAAUGAGAACAUUCUCUACCUUGGAGGACCCAAUAUUGCCUCUGAGAUUUACAACAACGAAUAUGCCAAUGCUCGGAUAUGCGGAGCUGACAAGUGGAGAAAGCCCUUGGCUAAGUUUUUAAGGCAACCCCACUUUAUAGUAUGGGACAAUGGGGACCUUGUUACUCAUGAAGUUAUGGGUGGCUUAAAGAACGUCUAUGCCAUUGGAGCUGGAAUGGUAGCAGCAUUAACCAAUGAGAGCGCCACAAGCAAAUCAGUAUACUUCGCACAUUGUACAUCAGAGAUGAUUUUUAUCACUCAUCUGUUGGCAGAAGAACCAGAGAAGCUGGCAGGGCCUUUGUUGGCUGACACGUAUGUUACCCUGUUGAAAGGUCGCAAUGCAUGGUAUGGACAAAAGCUGGCGAAAGGGGAGUUAAACCUUGAAAUGGGUGAUAGCAUAAAGGGCAAGGGUAUGAUUCAGGGGGUCUCUGCUGUGAAAGCAUUUUUUGAGCUGCUAAGUCAGCCCUCCUUAAGUAUCCUGCAUCCCGAUGAGAAGAAGCCCGUUGCUCCCGUUGAGCUUUGCCCUAUCUUGAAGAUGCUAUAUAGAAUACUCAUAACUAGGGAGUUUCCGUCGCAGGCUAUUCUUCAAGCGUUGCGGGACGAGACCAUGAACGAUCCUCGGGACCGUAUUGCAAUCGCACAAACCCAUGCAUUUUACAGGCCAUCCCUUCUUGGUCAGGGGCUUUGAUGUGGAACCUCUCUCUUUUGCAUGUAAUUUUAUCAGUUCUAAACUAUGUCGUAAGAAGCACUGUUGUCGUAGUUUCGUAUAGCAUUCUGCCGGGGGAUAAUGUAUCGGGAGAACGCUUGGUUAUCGGAUUGUUUUUCCGAUGGUGAAUUUUUUGGUGAGAUUGCAUAACAUUAGUUUUAUGGCUAUUGCUUGUAAAUCAUACCCAAAAUGUCACAGUAGCUUACAUGGUUAAGAGUUUUUAUUUGUUUGAA